UCAUUUCUCGGAUUUUUGUGGUAGUACAUGAAGGCAGCGGGCUUGUUGGUGGACCUGGACUCGGACUCGGAGCCGGGGAGGGGGCACUGUUGUCAUUCACCACGGCUGUGUGUCGAGCUUUUGUCCAGGAGAAAUGGCCGGGAUUAAAGCUCUCAUCAGCCUGUCCUUCGGAGGGGCCAUUGGCCUCAUGUUCCUCAUGCUAGGAUGUGCCCUCCCUGUGUACGAUAAAUACUGGCCUUUGUUCCUCCUCUUCUUCUACAUCCUCUCCCCCAUCCCUUACUGCAUCUCGCGGAGGGUGGUCGACGACACAGACUCGGCCAGCAACGCCUGCAAAGAGCUGGCCAUCUUCCUCACGACGGGCAUCGUCAUCUCAGCCUUCGGCCUGCCCAUCGUCUUCGCAAGAGCUGAAGUUAUUGCCUGGGGGGCUUGUGCGCUCGUGCUAACGGGUAACGUAGUGAUCUUCGGGACCAUCCUGGGCUUCUUCCUCGUCUUCGGGUCCAACGACGACUUCAGUUGGCAGCAGUGGUAAAACAGCAGAGGGGAGGGGGGAGAGAGACCUUAGUCUGAACUGUUUUUAUUAGCGUUAUUAUUAUGGUAUUACUGUUUGGUUCUUGUUGUUGUUAUUUAUAUGAUGACCGCCCAUCUAUAGACUCACACCAAACCAGUGCAAUACUUUGUUUUUUCUUCUUUUUUUUACCGCCUGCAUCGUAUUGAACUGACACUAGUGGGAUGGAAAAUGCUGACUUUCAGUUGGAUUUUUCAUUUUAAUUUAAUUUUUUUUGCUCUCUCGACCUCUGUGUUUGUGAGUUUUCUCCAUCUGUGUGUCUGCUUUUAUUCUGAGCGCUGUUGGUAAACAACUGCUUGUCUUAUCUGCAAAAAAAAAAAAAAAAAAAUCAAAUUGAAUGUCUAAAGAUUUAAUCUGAACCAAAAGGACAAGGUUAAAGUUGUUUGGCCUCCAAUUAGCUUUUUCUACAUGAUGACCACAGAUGGGUGUGGAUUUCCAGGAAAAAUCUGAGCUCAGAUUUCACCACCACUUAUGAAAAAGCUCCACUUUCGUUUGACUUGGACUUAUUGGAUUGAAAGUGUCAUUUUUUAUUAUUUUUGUCACAUUCAAAGGCACAAAUUCAGCCGAUGGAGCUUUCUGAUGAGUGCAUGUCUUUCAGACCCUUUUUAAACCUGUAAUCUUUGUUUCUCAUCACAAAAAAAAUGUAAAGAAGAGAAGAGAAGUCAAGUGUUUGUUUCCUCUCUCGUCUCAGAGAGGAAGAUGCAUUCAAACACCCUGACGGCCACAGCGAGGAUCAAAUUAAUCUGACUCUGUGAUUUCCCCAGGUGCAAACUGGAUGCAGGCUGCUUUUAUUCGCCACAUUAUUUUGCAUCUGAUAGUUCUUACCUCACUGUUUGUUAAUAGGUUAGCCUCAGCCUGUCAGGUCAAGAAAGCAUGAGAGGCCUGUAGUAGUAGCCGCCAGCUAGCGUAGGAUUAGCUCCCGAGCUACAGUAAGACCUGGGCUACUUAUAAACAGGUCCUGGUCGGUCACUAGCGGCCCCUUAAGCUUUUAAAUGUGACUCCUUCAAAGUAAAAUACUCCAGAGAUCACGCUUGGCGUUAAUUAAGCACAUUAGGUCCAUCGUAUUUCCUCACACCAGCAUUUCCAGGAUAAAAACAAUUAUUUUUCUUUUAAUCUUUAAGUUUUUUUUCUCUCUCUGUACUCUGGCCUAUGUGAAGGAAACUUGUGUGUUGUGAUCUGUCGUAGCUCUGGGAUCAGCAGUCAGUCAGGCGCAGCUCUGCUGUUUGCUGUUGCGUUUAACUGCAUUAGCUAAACAAGGAAUUAAGCAUCUGCUGCCUCGUUUAAGCACUGGUGAGGUGGAUGGAGAGUCGAGUGUCGAACAUUUCUCUCUCAUUUUUUACGUGUUAAUUUUGUCGUUUGUUUUUUUUUUUUGUGGAUGGCGCUGUUUGAAAAUGUGCUCUCUGGAAGAUGAAGUUCCUUUUUCUAGAUAACUGAUGCUUUUAAAUUUAUUUUUUAGUCUUUUAGGGCUGCAGCUAACAACUCUCGAUUAUUUUUCUUUUUCGAUUAAUUGAUCAACAUCAGACGUAUUGUUUUGUCCAAGCAACAGUCCAACCCCCAAAAUAUUUAAUUUACUUCAAUGUGAGACCAAAUUAAGGCAGCAAAUUCUCACAUUUUAAAAAUGGAAGGAACCAAAUUUUGCUUGAAAAAUGUCUUAAACAAUGAACCGAUUAUCAAAAUAGUUGAUGAUUAAUUUUCCUUCGAUUGAUUAAUUGACUAAUCAUUGCAGCUUUAUAAUCAUUAUGUCCUUGUAGGCCUGUUUUUAAGGUCCUGUUCAUCACGGAUUUCCAUAAACAGCAGAUUUCCAAUGGAAGUUUUGUAUUGUGUUAAAGGCAAAGUUUGAAGUAAAUAAAUGCUCGCAGUAUUCACACGUUUCGUCCACUGUCAGAGGAAAAUCUAUAAUUUUUAAACCCCUUUUUAUGACUCUAAAACCACACAUGCUUGAAGGUAUAGUUCAAUAUUUUUGGUAAAUAUGGAGUGUAUUGAUGUUUGCACAUUAACAUGAAGCUAGAGGCAGGAGGCGAUUAGCCUAGCUUAGCUUAACACUAAUGCUAACACAGACAUCCAGCCUGGCUCUGUCUAAAGUCAAAAAAAUCUGCCUAAAGUUCACUAAUUAAAAUGCUUUAUCUUAUUAUUCUUAUUAUCUAUUAUCUUAUCAACAGCAUUUUGUGGUUUCAGUGGAGCUAUUAGCUUUAGCUACAAACUGCUGGAUAAACAGUUGUUUGUUCAGAAGAAACUAAAGCACAUAACUCCUUCUAAAACUACAAAUUGUGUUUUCUACAAUUCUGUUUGUGCAUGUAUUAAACAAACAAGUUUUAAUUGAUACGUUUUACAUCUGUUUUUUAACUUUGAAGUGAGUCAGGCUAGCUGCUAACAGUCUUUCUGCUACGCUAAUCACCUCCCGCCUCUAGCACCAUACUCGACUCCCAACUCUUAAACACAACUGUUACAGUAUUUCCCGCCUAAAUCAAAACCUGUUUCAGAGGAGAGAAGCAUUGGAAAUCUGCAGAAGAGACCCAUGGCCCAAAAUAUGAACUGACAGCUGAGUUUUAGCGCUACAAAUUCAGCUUUACCGCUCCGUUAUUCUACUUCCUGACUCUUCCAGAGACCAUCACCUCAGUGACGAAGGCAUUGAUUGUAUUAAAAGCACCACAGUGAUGGCAGCUUUUUUAAGUUUCUGUUGAAAACUACUGACAUGAUUUGUGCAUAUUAUUAUUAUUGUUGUGUGACACCACUCUGAAUCUAAAGAAAAUGCUCUUUAGCAGUAGAUUUACCCGCUGCUGGUCGGUCGUCUGUGGUUGGACAAGCAAGGUGACUCCAUGUUGUGUUUCUGAGGCGUCUGUUUGAGUUUUAAGCUUCAAUCUGUCAAACGUUCUCUGACUUUGAGCCUGGUGUGUAGCUGUGGGAUGGGUACUUCUGUGUUUCUGUUACUUAUUUUUCCUUUUUUUUUGUCUCACAGAUUUUGGAAGGAUAAUAUUGUAUUUAUUUAUUUUAUCGGACGCUUUGUGUCAAUGUCCAACGCCAUUUUCUAUCUACAACUUUUGUGUUAACGAGGCAGAAGUCAGCAUGGUGGUUUUCUUUUUUUAAAUAAACGCCAUUUUUGAACAUC